UCUUUUUUUGUGCUAUGGCGGCUGCUACAAUAGUUCAUGAUGCAUCAGAAGCAGUAGAGCUCUGUGCUUCCUAUGGCUUGUACCUUAAACCCAUUACAAAAAUGUCUAUCAGCGUGGCACUUCCUCAGCUCAAGCAACCAGGAAAAUCCAUUUCCAACUGGGAAGUGAUGGAAAGACUAAAGGGAAUGGUGCAAACUCAUCAGUUUUCCACACUACGGAUUUCCAAAAGCACCAUGGAUUUCAUCCGUUUUGAAGGAGAAGUUGAAAACAAGAGUUUGGUUAAGUCCUUUCUAGCAUGCCUUGAUGGCAAAACAAUAAAACUUAGUGGUUUCUCUGACAUUUUAAAAGUUCGUGCUGCAGAAUAUAAAAUUGACUUUCCUACUAGACAUGACUGGGACUCCUUUUUUCGUGAUGCCAAAGAUAUGAACGAAAGUUUGCCGGGGGAGAGACCAGACACCAUUCACUUAGAGGGGUUACCUUGCAAAUGGUUUGCACUGAAGGACUCUGGCUCAGAAAAACCAAGUGAAGAAGUCCUUAUAAAAGUAUUUAAGAAAUUUGGGGAAAUACGUAAUGUGGACAUACCCAUGCUGGACCCAUAUAGAGAAGAAAUGACUGGUAGAAACUUUCACACCUUCAGUUUUGGAGGCCAUUUGAAUUUUGAAGCUUACGUUCAAUAUCAUGAGUAUGCAGGUUUCAUCAAGGCCAUGAAUGCCCUGCGAGGGAUGAAACUGAUGUACAAAGGUGAUGAUGGCAAAGCAGUGGCUUGCAAUGUAAAGGUUUCCUUUGACUCAACAAAACACCUGAGUGAUGCAUCAAUUAAGAAACGGCAGCUUGAACGACAAAAACUUCAAGAGCUUGAACAACAAAGAGAGGAACAAAAACGCAGAGAGAAAGAAGCAGAAGAGAAAAAAAAGGAGGAGGAAAGGAAACAGAAAGAACUUGAAGAACUUGAGAGAGAGAGAAAAAGAGAAGAGAAGUUACGCAAAAGAGAACAAAAACAGAAGGAUCGUGAAGUUCGUAGAAACAAAAAGAAACUUGAAAAAAUGCAAGCAGAAGAGCAGAAAAAACUGCAAGAGAAAAUAAGACUAGAAGAGAGGAAACUCCUGUUAGCGCAGAGAAAUCUUCAGUCCAUUAGACUAAUUGCAGAACUGCUUAGCAGAGCAAAGGCAGUAAAGCUUCUGGAGCAGGAACAUAAUGAAGAAAGAGUCCGUCUUCAGGAGUUGGAGGAGAGACGAAGGCUGCAAGAGGCUGAACUCAGACGUGUAGAGGAGGAAAAAGAGAGAGCACUUGGACUGCAAAGAAAAGAGAAGGAGCUAAGGGAGAAGCUAUUAAGCAAUCUCCUGAGCAAGAAAACAGAUGACACACAUCAGAGUAAGGAGGAAACUAAGGCAUCUCAGUCUGGCCUGUUGAAAACUAUUGUGGCUGGUCCACAGAUUGUGUCAUCCAGCUGUAUAACAUCUACCUCGGUACAGUCCAUUAUGGGUAAACCAAAUCAGGUCUAUCAGAGGGAAGUAAUAUCCAAUGAAAGUGUGAACUCUCAAUCCAAGUAUUUAAAUGGAAACCUUCACAAGGAAGCUAAUGUUAAGGAAAGCAAGACACUUAAUUUCAAUAGCACUGAAAGUUCUUCUGAUAAAAGGAGUUCAGGUGUGCUUUCUUGUAUUCCUGCCAAUAACCAGCAACACAAGAGUACGCCAAGCUGUGACCAGAAUGCGUGCAGGAAGGACUUAUCCUCUGAGCAAGGCAAGUGUAACAGAGAGCCAAGUAAGGGGAGGAGCCAUUCAUGUAGUGACACAAGUAUUGAUAAUAGCAAAGAUAAAAAGGAAAGGAGCAAACACAGAAGAGACUUGAGUAGUCAAGAUGAAAAGUAUAGGAAAGAAAGAAGACUCCAUAAAUACCCUAGCAAAAGUCGCAGCCCUCACCGAAGAAGCUUAAGCCCAGAUCGCACCCAGCAUAAGAGGGCCUUGAGUAGUGAGAGUAGACAAGAUAAGAAAGAGAGAAGUCAUGGUCACAAAAGCUUGGGCAAGAAACGAAAGCACCGAAAGAGAUCAUUAAAUAAGCAAAGAAGUCCUUGGAGUAGGUAA